AUGGUUCAAGAGGUUGGAUUUGAUGGGAUUUCCAUGGGAGGAAAUAGGGAAAGUGGUAGCGAGUCUUCUUCUUCUGCUUGUUCAGAGCAGUUUCAGGAUUCAAUGCAUGAGUCUAUCAACUCUGGUUGUCAUAAUGAUGAAAUCUCAGAAGCUGCAAACAAGAGGCUUAAGGAAACUCCUAUUCAGUCCAACGAAAAGGCUCAACUGGCGCAAACCCUUCUAAGCUUACCACCACUUGGUUUGUCACUUGGGAAGACGCCCUCUUUCUUGGACUUGAAAGAAAAAUUUCCCCGCAAACGAAAGCCCAAGCGUGCAGCUGAAGUUAAUGUUCAAUCUAUGUCCGAGAAGGAAAAACUGAAAGCUUCUAACUUCUGUGCCUCGUUACUCAGAAUUGGUUCAUGGCAGAGAGUAACUGAACAUGAAGGUGACCUGGUUGCAAAGUGUUACUAUGCUAAGAGAAAACUGGUUUGGGAAAUCUUGGAUAAUGGUUUGAAGAGCAAGAUUGAAUUGCAGUGGUCUGAUAUUAUUGCUAUUAGAGCUGUAAUUGAAGAAAACCAACCUGGCAUUCUAGAGAUUGAGCUAGGCCAGCCACCUACAUUUCAUCGAGAGUCUAAUCCACAGCCAAGAAAGCAUACUAUGUGGAAUCCCGCAACAGAUUUCACCGGCGGUGCAGCUCUCAUUCACAGGAGGCAUUAUCUUCAGUUCCCGCCUGGUUUGCUUGACAAACACUAUGAGAAGCUUUUACAAUGUGAAAGCCGGUUUUUAGAGAUGAGCCAGAGACCUUUCCCAAGUCAAAGAUCUCCUUACUUCCAAUCAUACAAUGGAGGUGCGGAUAUUUCUUUCGAAUUUGGUAGCCUUGGAGCGGAAAUCCCUUCCAACUUACCGUUACAAUUCCCAACACAUCUGGAUCCUAGACAAAUUCAAGCAUAUGAAGAAACAAAAGCAUCUCUCUGUUACACAGAUUCUACUUCACCAGUAUCAGAUGAGGUCAUCGGCAACCAAGGAGUUGAAACUCAGUGUGUGCCAUCAUCAUGGGAUUCACAAGUCGUUGCAUAUCUUUUAGCGAGAGAUCAAAUUCCACAACCGGUUUCUGCAGCAGAAGCACACUUCAAUCCAGCCAUUUCUUUCCAAAACUUCAAUGAACCAAUAGCUUAUAAUCAAGGGUCCCAAACGCUGUACAAUAUCGACAUCGAAAAGCAGUUGUUCAGCCACAUGCAGAUUCAGAGUUACAACAACUCACUAGGCUCAUCAUCAGCAUUUCCAGAGAAUUUGAAUUCUGGAGCAAUUACUGGUAUUGAGCAAACAAACUAUGACCAGAUAAUGAGUGCUAACACAAACUUGAUUCCGGGUGCAAGGGAUCAUACAGGCCAGGCUCUCCCGUUAAGCUGGAUGAUGGCACCUCUACCAAACAGCUGGGGUGCGCCGCCCCAAGUUGUUCCUUCGAGGCACUCAGGGAUACAUCCGGCUGAUAACAACUUGAGGUAUUCAUCUUUCAAUCCAAAUCCAACAACAGAUGACUAUGCCGCUUUCAACAACUCGGUGAACCGCUGAGAUGACUGCUUCACAAGGAUGAACGAAAGGGGAGAUCUACAAGGGAUGAGUGUAUUUUAUUUCUCGGCUUCAGCCCUCUGUUAGGUGUUAGGUUUUUGUUUUCAUCUUUCCUGUAAAAUUAUUAUUCAGCUAGAAUAGGCAGUCUGAUGCUCCUUUUAGCUUUAGUUAGUGCCUAGCAUUUAUUUUUCCAGAUUGUUUUUUCUCCCAAGCAUUGAGUUUUUGUGAGUAUUGGCAAUGCUUUGUUCUUGAAAUUUCUUCAAG